AUGGGAAUUAAUACUCAACCCGAUCAGAGCGACAUAACUGAGGAUAGUUUUCCUUCAGGCUGGUUUUACAUAAAAUCUCAACUGAAUAACCGCGUUCUCGAGCCUGCGAGUAUGUCGGUAAACAAUGAUGCUACCAUAGUCAUCAAAGAGCAGCGUUUUGGUCUCGAUGCUGACAGUCAGUUAUGGUCAUUCGAUAAUGGCUUUCUCGUGAAUAAGGCAUCCGGCAAAGUAUUAGAAAUUAAAGGAGGCCAUAUUCGCCGACUUCAUUGGACAUAUAUUUGUCAAUGGGACAGACGCUCAUCACCAGCCCCGCCUACUCAACUAUGGUAUACUUGUAAUAGUUUUAUCAACACAAAAACCGCAGAUAGCUAUGUAAUUGAAAUAAUGGAUGACUCGGUUGUGGUUUGGAAACAGAAAGAUAGUGAUAAUCUUAAUCAGCAAUGGACGUUUGAGCCCAUGGUGGCGGUAAAAGAGAGUAUAAUUGAUGACUUUGAAUGCGGUGUAGAAAUGACGAGAGAGAAGUGUAGCCACUUGGUAUUUGUGAACAGAGCACAUAAGAUUGCCAUGUCAAGUGAUUCAGAAAGCUUGCACAGCGAAAUUAUGGCCGGAGCAGCAGCACAUAAAGCUAUAGAAGCAUGGGAUAAGAAAAGAGAGAAAGAGGGCCUUCCUCUAGCCGAUCCUAUAUAUAUAGAAGUGCUAACUUCAGUUGCACAAGACAAUGUUGUGGAAUUGGUUAAGAAUGGCAAGAGAAAGGCCAGGAAUGUAGAGGUCAUACAACGAGAUGCCGUCCAGUAUGCUAUCAAAGCCUAUAAGCAGAAACAUUGUAUCGCCGUGGGUUUAAAUAAAGGACAUGUCACUACAGCCAGAGAGCUGAGAGUUAAACCGUCGAGGCAAAAGGGUCAACUAGGACAACGUGUUAAAUUCGUGCGUGACGUUAUCCGAGAAGUAGCAGGAUUCGCACCAUAUGAGCGUAGGGUUAUGGAAUUGUUAAAGAAUUCCAAGGAUAAGAGAGCUAGAAAGUUGGCUAAAAAGAGGCUCGGGACUUUCACUCGAGCCAAAAGAAAGGUCGAAGAACUCAGUAACAUCAUUGCCGAGUCCCGUCGUGCUCAUUAG